UCUGAUUUACAUGUAUUUAUUAUUCUAGGUUGGCGACAGAGAUGAUUCUAAUCUUUAUAUAAAUGUGAAGCUGAAGGCUGCUGAAGAGAUUGGGAUCAAAGCCACACACAUUAAGUUACCAAGAACUGCCACAGAAUCUGAGGUGUUAAAGUACAUUACAUCAUUGAAUGAAGACCUCACCGUACAUGGUUUCAUAGUACAACUGCCUUUAGAUUCAGAGAACCCCAUUAACACUGACGCAGUGGUCAAUGCGAUCAUACCCGGAAAGGAUGUGGAUGGGUUAACUAGCAUCAAUGCCGGAAAACUUGCUAGAGGUGACCUAAAUGACUGUUUCAUCCCUUGUACGCCUAAAGGAUGCUUGAAACUCAUCAAAGAGACAGGGGUGCAGAUUGCUGGAAGGCACGCGGUCGUGGUCGGGCGCAGUAAGAUAGUCGGUGCCCCCAUGCAUGACUUGCUUCUGUGGAACCAUGCCACAGUGACCACCUGCCACUCCAAGACUGCCAAUCUAGGCGAGGAGAUAAAUAAAGGUGACAUUCUGGUGGUUGCGACUGGUCAGCCGGAAAUGGUGAAAGGGGAGUGGAUCAAACCCGGGGCAAUAGUCAUCGACUGCGGGAUCAAUUAUAUCCCAGAUGACACAAAACCAAAUGGGAAAAAAGUGGUGGGUGAUGUGGCCUAUGAUGAGGCCAAAGAGAGGGCAGGCUUCAUCACUCCUGUUCCUGGUGGUGUGGGGCCCAUGACGGUGGCAAUGCUAAUGCAGAGCACAGUAGAGAGUGCGAAGCGUUUCUUGGAGAAAUUUAAGCCAGGAAAGUGGAUGAUUCAGUAUAACAACCUUAACCUCCAGGUUCCUGUUCCAAGUGACAUUGAUAUAUCACGAUCUUGCAAGCCAAAGCCCAUUGGCAGCCUGGCUCGGGAGAUUGGUCUGCUGUCUGAGGAGGUAGAAUUGUAUGGUGAGACAAAAGCCAAGGUUCUGCUGUCCGCACUGGAACGCCUGAAGCACCAACCUAACGGGAAAUACGUGGUGGUGACCGGGAUCACUCCAACGCCCCUGGGAGAAGGGAAGAGCACGACCACCAUUGGGCUGGUGCAGGCCCUUGGUGCCCAUCUUUCUCAGAACGUCUUUGCGUGUGUGCGACAGCCUUCUCAGGGCCCCACCUUUGGAAUAAAAGGUGGCGCUGCAGGAGGUGGCUACUCACAGGUCAUUCCCAUGGAAGAGUUUAAUCUCCACCUCACCGGCGACAUCCAUGCCAUCACUGCAGCAAAUAACCUUGUCGCCGCGGCCAUCGAUGCCCGGAUGUUCCAUGAGCUGACGCAGACAGACAAGGCUCUCUUCAGUCGUUUGGUACCAUCAGUAAAUGGAGUGAGAAAGUUCUCCGAUAUCCAAAUCCGAAGGUUACAGAGACUAGGCAUUGAAAAAACCGACCCUACCACACUGACUGACGACGAGAUAAACAGAUUUGCAAGAUUGGACAUUGAUCCAGAAACCAUAACUUGGCAAAGAGGUACCUGUGCAGUAUGGAUGCCUGAUUUGCUUCCAUUGGGCUGCACACCCCACACUGCCCAUGUGGGUCAUUAAAAUACGGGGUCCAGA